CCACAGCUCAGCAUGCCACAGCUCAGCAUGCCACAGCUCAGCAUGCCACAGCUCAGCAUGCCACAGCUCCUGUCCAUGUCACUAUUACGAGGAGCAUCGAUUUCACGAUACGGCAGCUGCUAGGUGGCUGGUUCGUCGUUUGCUCGUUUGCGUGGGCUGAGGUACAUUAUGAUGUCAUCCGUCCUCUGGCCUCAUAUUCGUUCAUAUUCCCCGCAGUAUUCGGCCUCAAGGUGGGUGAAGGCCAUUCACCAACUCGCGAUGCUAGUAGGCACGAAAAGCCCUCUGUCUCUCUCCCUCGCUACUCGUAUGUUCGCUACUCCAUCUUGCCACCACUGUCUCCAUCGAAUCACUCCCUGUCGAGGUGACGCAGCCAAUACUUGUACGAGUAGUAUGAUAGCCGCUAUCCGCGGGCCGGCCAUUACAACAUAAUAGUCCAGUCUGACUCUCGUUCAUUCCUCUCUCUCUCCCUUCCUUCGAACAGACUUAUAUAUCACUUCACACUUGCCCAUCGACCGACUCAGUCAUCCAUCCAACGGUAUCCUUGUAGCGAACACAAAGCCGAGCGUGGUACCUACGUGGUAUUCGGAUUCGCAAAAAGCAAAUCACCCCCAGGAGGCCAACCAUCAGACCAUCAGACCGUCAUGUCCAACAACUAUAGCUACAGCAGCUCUUCCUUUUCUGCCUCGUCAUUCAGCUCCUCGACCUCCUCCUCAUCAGACAAUCCUCAAGGUCAUUCACAACGCUACGUCCAGACAAUGACCAGCAAUGACCGUGAUGGCACCACCGUACGCCGCGUGCAUCAAGAAACCGGCAAGCCCACAAUGCAGGAAGAAAUCUUCUACCCACCAGCCUCGACUGGGAUCACGACCGGCGCUUCUGGGUCCGACAGAGCCAGGAUCGAGGAUGUCACCGAUGGCGUUGGAGAUGCCGAUGGCGAUGCCGAUGGCGAUGCCGAUUCCGAGCAACAAUCCAGGGAGACUUAGUUCGAAAACCAGGGGUCGGGAGCUACCUAGGUAUAUGUUCGACGAGUAAGGCAGCAGAACCUAAACGUUCAUUCACCAGCUCUCGCCCAACUACUCAGCACCGGCUGCUGGACGCUGUAUCGAGUUCGUGGUUUCUACCGCUCCACUCCACUCGUUAUAACGACAAGACAACAUACCAAAGACCAAAGACGCAAUGCAUAUGGCCGUCGUUAGGGCACGAAUCGCUGUUUUCAGAAAAUGUAUUUCUAUCAGCAUGUCAAAGUGUGAUAUAGGUUUGGUCUAGUUAGUUCCUGCGGCACGGCAGUCAGGGCAGGGGGAGAGCACUGAGCCAGUUCUGCUCGCUUUCUAUGAUUGUUCAAUGCGAUGCUGAAUCCAUGAAAAUCAUCAUCAUCUCCUCCGUAUCGUGGCU